AUGGGGAAGAACCGCAGAAACCGCGAGGGCGGUGGCGAAGAGGCCGAAACAACUACUGCCGGCCUACCGCAACAAUCGAUAGUCGAGAGCAAGACAUCAAAUGGCGAAUCCGACUCGCGCGAGAGCUCGUCGCAGACUCAAAGCAGUGGAAGCUUGAAAAGAUCGGCCCCUGACGAUGACGACGAGGGGUGGACCAAGGUCGAGCGAUCCAACAAGAAGCGCAAGAAGGUUCCUCGCGAGGGUUCCAACAACUAUCCUGCCAUUACCUUCUCCUCAAGUGCGAAAUUGUUCGCCAAGAUCAACCUUGCUAUGCUUCGCGACCUAGUUCUUUACCUCUUCGCCGACGGAACGGGUCCCAAUUGGGUCUCCGUGUCGCACCGACCGAACUUCAGAAAGAUUGUGGUAUUGAUGAUACCUGGGUUGGAGGAGGCUAUGUUUAACGAGGCUGUGAACUUCGACAAGUAUACAUCUGGCCCGGCUAGUAAUCAGGACCGAACGGAGACGACACCCGACGACUACUACCCCCGAGCUCUCUCGGCUGAGCGUCUUCCGCUGGCACUCCAGGGAUUCGCCAACAUGUUCCCUCACCUAUGGCCUGUCAAGGCACCUGGCGAUGACAAGUACAUGAAGCUCCACUCGCCCAUGGGCACGUUUCUGACUGCACCUAUGCCCAAGAACAAGGACGACAGAAAGGGCCCCAAACCGGCACGGGAGCCCAGUGGCUGGAAGAACGAGCGAACCCGUAUCACCGAAUUUUUGGCUUCACUUGAAGAACUGGAGACUGCUGGCCAUCUCAUUCAUCCAGCUCUCAUUGAGAACGAAGAGAGGAGGGCGGCAUUCAAGGUUCCGGAGGGAUGGGCCGUAUCCAAGGUCGACAAGCUUGAAGAUGGCGAAGUGCCCGAGGGAGAGGUCGAGCAGGGCAGCAUGACAGCUGGCCGAGAAUGCCUCGCAUUGGACUGCGAGAUGUGCAUGACAGGCGAGAACGAGUAUUCUCUCACGCGUAUCAGUGUCAUCUCAUGGUCAGGAGACUUGAUUAUGGACGAGUUGGUGAAGCCAGAAAAGCCUAUCAUCAACUACGUCACUCAGUUCUCCGGUAUCACAGAGGAGAUGCUGAAGCCUGUCACGACCACUCUGAAGGAUAUUCAACAGAAGCUCCUCGACCUGAUCACUCCGCGAACCAUUCUCAUCGGUCACUCGCUUGAGUCCGACUUGAAGGCUCUUCGCUUCUCUCACCCGUUUAUCGUCGACACCUCCCUCAUUUACCCCCACCCGAGAGGCCCGCCCCUCAAAUCAUCGCUCAAGUGGCUGAGUCAGAAGUAUCUCAACCGCGAGAUCCAGAAAGGCGGCGCCAACGGACACAACCCGAUCGAGGACGCCCGCGCUUGCCUGGAUCUUGUGAGACAAAAGUGCGAGAAGGGGAAAAUGUGGGGCGCGUCCGACUCCCAGGGCGAGAACCUAUUUCGCCGGCUAGCCAGGGCUGGAACUGCAUACAAGGCGCAGGGCGGCGAGGCAGGUGGUUUAGUUACGGGCAAGACGAGCGCCGCUGUGGACUGGGGUGACCCGUCCAAGGGUCCUGGUGCUGGAGCGACCUACCAAAUUGGCUGCAAGUCUGACGCGGAUGUCGUCAACGGCGUCAUCCGUGCUGUAAAGGGCGAUGCAGACGGGUUGGAGAUCCCAGGCGGUGGCGUUGACUUUGUUUGGGGUCGGAUGCGAGAGCUUGAGGCGUUGCAAGGCUGGUGGAACAAGAACCGGGUUGAAAGCGCCAACAGUGAUGGUGGCCCUCCCGAGUUUGAUACAAAGCUUGACGAAAAGCUAGGCAAGUCACCUCUUGAGCAGUGCUUAGCACGUCUCUCAGUCUCUCUCCAAGCCAUCCACGCCAGUCUCCCGCCAUGCACGGCCUUCAUCGUAUACACAGGCUCCGGCGAUCCUCGCGAGAUGAGCAGGCUCCAAGCAAUGCACUCGCAAUGGAAGCGGGAGUAUAACACCCCCGGAAAGAAGUGGGAUCAACUAUCUGUCAAAUGGACAGACGAGGAGGAGCAAGCCCUCCGACGUGCGGUCAGAAAGGCGAGACAGAGCAUCGGCUUCAUCGGUGUAAAAUAG